AUGCCACCAGCAACAACAGCGCCACAGUACCCACCUCCAGAUGGAGGUUGGGGAUGGGUUGUGGUCUUUGGGGCUUUUAUCUCCAUUGGAUUUUCCUAUGCAUUCCCCAAAGCCAUCACGGUAUUCUUCAAAGAGAUACAAGAAAUCUUCCACACAUCAUAUAGCGAGAUAGCUUGGAUAUCAUCGAUAAUGUUGGCUGUCAUGUAUGCGGGAGGUCCCAUAAGCAGCAUUUUGGUGAAUAAGUAUGGUAGCCGGCCUGUGAUGAUAGCAGGAGGUAUCCUGUGUUCAUUUGGUAUGAUUGCUUCCUCUUUCUGCAAUAGCGUCCUGGAACUUUAUCUAUGUAUUGGUGUCGUUGGAGGUCUGGGUUUAGCAUUCAACUUACAGCCUGCCUUGACCAUGAUUGGCAAGUAUUUCUAUAAGAAGCGUCCCAUUGCUAAUGGAUUGGCCAUGGCUGGAAGUCCAGUGUUUCUGAGCACAUUGGCACCUCUCAAUCAAUUCCUCUUUAAUGCAUUCGGCUGGAAAGGAAGCUUUCUCAUUCUGGGAGGACUUCUUUUGAACUGCUGUGUGGCUGGGUCACUUAUGAGACCUGUUGGACCGAAAACAGUCCCUCCCGUGAAAAAAGAUGUUGAAAAAGGCACAGGAGAUUCUACCUUGCACAAAAACAACAAGAAGUCUUUUUGGCAAACUAUGAAUAAAUAUCUAGACCUGUCCCUCUUCAAACACAGAGGGUUUCUGAUCUAUUUGUCAGGAAAUGUCAUUAUGUUUAUCGGUUUCUUCGCUCCAAUAGUAUUCUUGGCUCCUUAUGCCAAGCACAAGGGAAUCGAUGAAUAUUCUGCUGCUUUUUUGCUAUCUAUCUUAGCCUUCGUAGACAUGUUUGCUAGGCCUUCAAUGGGACUCGUAGCAAACUCCAAGUUUAUCCGGCCAAAGAUUCAGUACUUUUUUAGUUUUGCUGUUUUGUACAAUGGCGUCUGUCAUAUCUUGUGCCCUCUGGCAACAAAUUAUACUGGCUUAGUGAUAUAUGCUGUAUUUUUUGGGUUUGCAUUCGGAAUGGUUAGCAGCGUUCUUUUUGAGACGUUGAUGGACCUCGUUGGGGCUGCCAGAUUUUCCAGUGCGGUUGGACUUGUCACCAUCGUGGAAUGUUGCCCUGUGCUCAUAGGCCCUCCUCUAGGAGGUUGGUUAGUGGAUGUUACUGGUGAAUAUCAGUACAUGUAUUUUGUCUGCGGAGUGAUUGUGAUUGUGGCCAGUAUCUGGUUGUUCAUUGGCAAUACCAUUAACUACAGGCUUUUGGCAAAAGAGAAGAAGUUAGAGGAUGAGAAGCAGAAAGCACAGAAGAACGCUGACUUGAAAGAAGCAGAACCAUUAACAAACAAUGAGAACGAAGAUGCUGCCAGCAGAGCUGAUAAAACUCUUGAAGAUCCUUCAGAAAGAGAAACCAACAUUUAAUCUGCAAUAUAGCUCAGAAGGCAACAUUUAUGACUUCCAUUAGAAAUAUGUCUUCAAGACACAGGCCAGGUUUUGCGGUAAUAAUGAUCAGUCACAAUAUUGGAUGGGAACAGAUUUUUGCCCCGUGGCGAGACUCUAAGUUAAUUUACUAUCUACAAUUUAUUUAUUUCAGUAAUACAAAAUUUAGAUUGCAGAGGUAGUGACUCCAUGCAAAUGACUCCAUCAGACCAUGACUCUGGACAAUCAGGAGUCAGGUAAACCAAGCUAUAUGUAAAGCCCUCCAGUGACAAACAGUUUUGUUUUAAAAAUAAAUCUAAUGCAAAAGUAUCUCUAACUCUUAUUUGGAAAGA